AUGCCCUGCGUGACCAGCGAGCGCGUGGCUCUGUGCGCGGGCUGCGGCAGGAAGAUCGCGGAUCGCUACUACCUGCUGGCCGUGGACAAGCAGUGGCACAUGCGCUGCCUCAAAUGCUGCGAGUGUAAACUCAAUCUGGAGUCCGAGCUCACCUGCUUCAGCAAGGACGGCAGCAUCUACUGCAAGGAGGACUACUACAGAAGAUUUUCAGUGCAGAGGUGCGCGCGCUGCCACCUGGGCAUCUCUGCCUCGGAGAUGGUGAUGCGCGCGCGGGACCUGGUCUACCACCUGAACUGCUUCACGUGCACCACGUGCAGCAAGAUGCUGACCACCGGGGACCACUUCGGCAUGAAGGACAGCCUGGUGUACUGCCGCCUGCACUUUGAGACUCUCAUUCAGGGAGAAUACCAGACUCACUUUAACCACGCGGACGUUGUAGCGCACAAGGGCCUGGGCCCGGCCAACGCGCUGGGACUAUCCUACUUUAACGGCGUGGGCACGGUGCAGAAGGGCCGGCCCAGGAAGAGGAAGAGCCCGGGGCCUGGGGCCGAGCUGGCUGCAUACAACGCGGCUCUGAGCUGUAAUGAGAAUGACGGUGAGUCCAUAGACCGGGACUCUCAGUACAGCUCCAGUCAGAAGACCAAGCGGAUGCGAACAUCCUUUAAGCACCACCAGCUGCGAACCAUGAAGUCCUACUUCGCCAUUAACCACAACCCGGACGCCAAGGACCUGAAGCAGCUUGCCCAGAAGACGGGCCUCACCAAGCGGGUCUUACAGGUCUGGUUCCAAAACGCUCGGGCCAAGUUCAGGAGGAACCUGCUGCGGCAGGARAGCACCGGGGUGGACAAGACAUCCGACGGUUCCACGCUGCAGGGUGGGACGCCCUCAGGCCCGGCCUCUGAGAUCUCCAACGCCUCCAUGAGCCCCUCCAGCACCCCCACCACCCUCACAGACUUGACCAACCCCACCAUGCCUACUGUCACUUCUGUACUCACGUCGGUGCCGGGCGGUAUGGAUGUCCACGAGUGCCGGAGCCCAUCACAGACAACGCUGACCAGCCUCUUCUGAUAAUCAGAGCACUAGCCCCAUCACCACMUCUCCCUGCACACUCAGACUUUUACCACAUCCUUGCCCUCCUUCUGGAUCUAAAACUGAGCACUGUUAACACCUUAGAACUUUAAAAGAAUUAGAACCAUGAAGGAAACAAAAGAACUCCAUUAGAGACUAUCUGCUUAGUGAGGCAACUGGGCCUCACUGAUGGAAUGGUUGUUGUUAUUUUGAUGUUGUCUUGUUGAGAACUGAGGAGAACCAAUUAAAAAUUUUCAAUAUUCACAAAGAGAGACUGCUGAGGAAAAAUGUUUUCAUUUUUUGGGGAAUUUGUUUUUCAGGACAGUAUUUAUGUUGUAAAAGAGUCACUGUUAGAAGGACUGUAAAAGGUCUUUUUUUCAUUGUUUGGMAAUCUGAGAUUAAAAUACAGUUUCAAAUA